AUGUCAUGGGUUGUACCCUCCGUUGCUUCUGCGCCCUCGGCCGCUUUAUGGGCGAAAACCCGUGGUGACUGGUCGGGCGAGGAAAUCACCCCUUCGGUGGAUCUUAGUUGGCCGCAUCAUCUGGAUAAAUACUUCGAUAAGGUCGGCUUUCUGUAUGUGACCGCGAGUGGUGUUUUUGGGCCUCCGGAAAUUCACGAGAUUGCUGCGAAAUCUGACACGGUUGCAGCCGUUUCCUCAGGGGCGCGGCUACGCGUAAAGCACCGGCAAAGCUUACAUAGAGUGUGGAACAGUUCUGAUGAGGAGCCCCUUCAUCUCACGAUCGGCGUAAGGCUGCAGCAGGAAGCGAUCCGCGUAAGGCUGCAGCAGGAAGCGAUCCGCGUAGGGCUGCAGCAGGAAGCUAUCCGCGUAGGGCUGCAGCAGGAAGCGAUCCCCGUAGGGCUGCAGCAGGAAACGCCGAGAAACACAGUAGGCCUCUACAGGUCUCUGUCAACGGAUGAUCCUCUUCUUGUCCUCAACACGGGGUCCCCGGUGCGCAAACUGAGCGGUCUCGUUGACGAAAGGAGAACUCUUUCUGAACUGAAUAACGGCCCAACCAUUGUUUGCAUCGUUCUCAUUGCAAUUGUUGGCGCUGUAUCUGUCACGGCAGGAACGGGAGGCGGAGCAAUAUUUGUCCCGCUUAUGCAACUUAUAAUGCAUUUUAAUACUUUUGAGGCAACCGCAACAAGUCAAUGCUUGAUGACAGGGAGCGCCCUCGCAGGUCUCUGUCUCAACUUCGUCCGCCGCAACCCCGUCGUUGACAUGCCACUUAUUGACAUGGAUAUGGUCCUCCUCCUCGGUCCGAUGCAGAUGUGUGGUUCCUCGGUCGGCGUCAUUGUGAAUCGUGUGCUGCCUGCGUGGUUAAUAACUGUCCUGCUUGUCGUUUGUUUGUUAUACGAAACCGUUCGCCUCAUGCGGCGUCUUCGUGACAAGCAAAGAGAGGCGAAAAAAGUAACCCAGCUGACUGCAUCUGAGCACGCACACAAGGAGACAUGUGGGGAGAUUGGGGCGGCUGUCCCGAUGGAGGAACCAGCGUCAGCGGGAGACAGGGAGUUUCCUGCCCAGAAAGUAGCGGGAGACGACGAGAAGCAAGGUGGAAACGAAACAAAGAGGGAACUGCAGAACAGCGGGAAAAAAGAAGGCGAAGAAUGCGAGGAUCAAGGGGUUCGGGUGUCAUCAGAUGAUGGCAAAUUCGCUCCCGAGGAGCCACAAGAUAGAGAACAAGCUACAGUAGACUACGGUAGUAGUCACAUCAAUCGAAAACGGGGUCGCUCAACAAUCAAGUACCAAUGGAAGCGUCACGAGCUGACGAAGUGGUCAAUGCUGCUGGCAGUCUGGAUCAUCAACCUCACCAUUACAUUUAUCAAGGGCGGCAAGCAUUCCACCUUCCACAUUGGCGCUAUGGCUGUCUCCAAGGGGUCUGAUGCCGCCAGACAACGUCACUUCUGA